AUGCCAGCGACGAUUGGCGAUACACUCUCCCGGCUUUUCAAGCCCGACCGCGCUUCCAAGUCGGGCCCCAAGUCUCCUACCUCCCCUGGGGCACACACGAUCACCAACCUCUCUCUCGGAGAGUUCUCCAUCGACGAGUACCAGCCUGUUAAAGUCAUUGUCAUCGGAGCUGGAUUCAGCGGUAUCAUUGCGGGCAUUCGCUUCCCGCAGAAGAUCCCCAAUGUACAACUCACGAUAUACGAAAAGAGUGGGGGCGUGGGCGGAGUAUGGCACAACAACAGAUAUCCAGGUCUUGCAUGCGACAUUCCUGCACACUGCUACCAGCUUUCGUUCGAAGAAAAGCGCGACUGGUCUGCCUUUUACGCGCCGGGGCACGAGAUUCGCGAGUACCUCGAGUCCGUGUCAGCCAAGCACAAGCUCGAACGCUACAUCCGGCUCAACCACGAAGUUGUUCAUGCUCGCUACGAUGAACCGACAGCCAAAUGGCACGUUCGCGUCUGCCGGGUCAAACCUGACGCCCCGGGAGAGACGGAGGAGAUUGAAGACAGCGCGGAUGUUCUGUUCACGGCCUUCGGGACACUCAGUCGUUGGCAGAUGCCGGAUAUCCCCGGGUUGAAAGACUUUGAGGGCGAGCUGCACCACUCAGCUGGAUUCGACCCUGGCGAGAAGACGUGGCAGGAGGUGGCAGAGCAAUGGCGCGAUAAACGAGUGGGCGUGGUCGGGGUGGGGUCCUCUGCACUGCAGCUGGUUCCAGCUCUGCAACCGCGGGUUCAGAAGUUGGUAAAUUAUGUCCGAGGCAAGACCUGGCUCGCAGUGCCGUUCCAGAGCAGUUCAUUCGCGGAGCUGUUAGGCCGCGACGAAAUGCAUGCGGAGGACUACAAGUUCACCCCUGAAGAGCUCGCGAGGCUUCGAGACGACCCGGAGUUCUAUAAGAGCUUCCGGCAGCGCAUUGAGCACGAUCUAAAUGGUGCCCACCCGUCAACUCAGCGGGGUUCGCCGAUGCAAAUCAUGGGCAAGGAGCUCUUCCGUGCCAAUAUGGUGAAGAAGCUGGAGAGCCGGCCGGAUAUCGCCGAGAAGCUCAUUCCGGAGUUUCCUGUUGCAUGCCGGAGACUCACGCCCGGCCCUGGGUAUCUUGAAGCGUUGUGCAAGGAGAACGUCGACUUUGUUUCUGAGCGGAUCAAAACGUUCACUAAGACUGGCAUCGAGACCGCCGACGGCAAGACCCAAGACCUUGACAUCGUCUUCCUCGCUACCGGCUAUGACGUCUCCUUCCACCUUCCAUUCCCCGUGCUUGGUCGUGGCGGAAAGUCACUCACCGACCGUUUCACUCCACAUCCUGAAGCAUACUUAUCCGUCGCUGUCGACGGCUUCCCGAACAUGUUCAUGGCACUUGGGCCGAACUCGGGCGUAGGAUCUGGCUCGCUCCUUGCCCUCAGCGAGUUCCAAGUCCUCUACGCGGUGCAGGCGGUCGCCAAGAUGCAACGGGAGAGGUUGAAAAGCAUUGAGAUCAAGACAAAGGCGGUCAAGGACUACGAUCGGUAUUUGGAGACCGUCUACAGCGAGAAGUGCCGCUCGUGGUACAAGAUGGGGAAGGAAGAAGGUCGUGUCGUCGGGCUCUGGCCUGGGUCUACUUUGCACGCGCUCCGGGCGCUCGAGCAUCCGCGCUGGGAGGACUACGAUUAUGAGUCCAGGGACGAAGGCGAGCAUAGCAUGUUCUGGCUCGGAGAUGGCCAGACGUGGUCUGAGAAGACAAUGACGGGAGACCGAGCUUGGUACCUGCAGGAGAAGUAUCUCGACAGGCCAGAAGGCUUGGACUCAGCUAACACGCAACGCCACAGCACCCACCGAUUAGACCUAGACCAGGACCUCGCCAGCGUAUGCGGUCACUCAGAUGAUAUUGCUACUGCCAGGGUCUGA